GGAAUUCAUUAAACGUUUUACCGCACAGUCCGACGUACUGCACACACUACGCCAACGACGACGACGACGACGACAACAACAACAACGGCGAGCCGAGAGCAACACAGAGUCGUCUAAAGCCACGAUACAGUGUUAUUAACUUAUAAACAAGCUGCAAAACCAAACAACUUUAACAAUAUGAAAUUCUUAGUCACCUUUGUCGCGCUGUGCCUGUGCCUGACCUUUGCUGUUGGCCAACAGUAUUUCCUCUCACGCGGCCGCUUUGGCUUUGAUCCUUUGUCAUCCGCAGCGCAGGUGCGCGAUCCACGACAGAACCGAGGACCUGUCGUAUUCCCACCCUCGCCACCAGAUGCAAUUGAGGAGUCCAGCGGCGUGGUUGUUGGCGCCUCAGGCUUUGGCUUUGUGCCACCCAGACAAACUGUAGCAGCAGUGGCAGCCGCAGCGGGCUACGUUGAGCCAGCUUACUUCAGCACUACGUUUCAAACGCCGGACACUUCAUACGCCACGUACAAUUUCUAUAGCAAUCCAUAUACAAGUUCGCGAUUUACUUACUUUUGAGCUGAGUGCCUUAAGUCAUGUGUAAGUAGUCAAGUAGUUAACCAGUCUAACUCUGUUGUAAAUAAACGUGUCAAACAUA